ACCCUUUUGGUUUUGGGGUAUUCAGGUCAACAAAUUUUCUAUCCAAAAUUUUCCGCCACAACCAAAAUACGCAGAGCUUCCAAUUUAUGAACCCAAGCUCUCCAGUCUCCACAUGAUAGUCUGUUUUUUUUCCUCCCCUUUUUUUUCUGAGUUUAAUAUCACAAAUAUAAAACUAAUACUAUUUGCUCAAGUGCACUCGGUUUGUGCAUCUCUGGUUUGCUUUGCCUCAUGGCUCUUCUCACUUUCCCUCAUUUUCCUUCACUUUCUUCCUUCCCAAGCACGCGCUCUUUCUCUCGAACUCGGCGUUACUGUUCCAUGAAGGCCACCGGAACCGCCAUUCUGUGGUUCAAGCACGAUCUCCGAACCGACGAUCACCCUGCGCUUCUCGCUGCCUCCUCCACUUUUCGAUCGCUGCUUCCUCUUUACGUCUUCGAUCGCCGCAUUCUUUCGCGUUUUUCCGACGAAACGCUGGAGCUGGUUCUGCUUGCCGUGCAAGAUUUGAGGAAGUCGUUGAGGGAUCGCGGCUCCGAUUUGAUGAUCAGAUUCGGCAAUGCGGAGAGCGUCAUUCAGCAGCUUGCGACGGAGGACGGAACAGGUCAAAGCCACUUGCGUGUUUGCCGAACAAGAGGUCGAGUACGAGCUACGUUUCAUUAUUGAUGUGGUCAGGCAGCGUUUGAAAUCCGUCACAGUUUCUCAAGGCACUCCAAGGAUUGAAUUAUGGCAAACUCCAUUUUAUGAUGUAAAGGAUCUACAAGAUCUUCCUCUUUCAUAUGACGAGUUUAAGAAACUUCGAUUCCCCGUGACUACACCACUUCAGCUGUCAGAGUCAACUUUACCUGGUGCAGAAAUGGAACUGGACUGGGGUGUUCUUCCCUCGUAUGAUGAUGUAAAGGGCUUUAUGACUAGCAACCAGCGGAAAUCAGGAGAGAAUUGGAGUUUAAUUAAGGAGACAUCAGCUGAAACUGUUUUACGCAGAAAAGUAUUGAAGUCUGGCGAUAGCAUUGAAAGAAGUUCUGGCUUUAGGCAAACACAAUCAAGGGAACGUAAUGGAUCUGUUUUUGUGACACAAAAAGGAAGUGUUGUAGGAGGUAGUACAAACAAUGUACUGAAUGCAUUGGCUGCAUAUCUAAGAUAUUUGGAGGGAACAGCUCGUGAUGACUGGCAAGAGGUACACGAAAAAGUGCGUGCUUCUGAAAGUCGGAGUGGAGCAUCAUUCAAUGAACUAUUUGGUCCUGCCCUAUCUCUUGGCCUUAUAUCUAGAAGAAGAGUACAUUAUGAAGCUAUCAAAUAUGAGAAAGAACGAAAUGCGGGUUUCUUAUCACCCUUUGGAUAUUCAGCUGCUACAAUUGCAGCAGCAGUUGACGCUGUGUGCUCAAUGGAGUGGUAUUGGCUUGUGGCCUUGAGAAAUCAGAUAAAUAAUGAGGGAAUACACUCAACGCGGAUAUGGAAAUGGAAAGGAUUUCUUAUCCAGUAUACAGUUGCUGGUGAAGAUGGUCCUGCUGUUCUUCUUGUGCAUGGUUUUGGUGCCUUCUGGGAGCAUUACCGUGACAACAUACGUGGUUUAGCUGAAUCUGGAAAUAGAGUUUGGGCUAUUACUAUGUUAGGAUUUGGCAAAUCAGAAAAGCCAAAUGUUGUUUAUACCGAACUCUUGUGGGCUGAACUAUUGAGAGAUUUUAUUGUUGAUGUUGUGGGUGAACCAGUCCACCUUGUUGGCAACUCAAUUGGCGGUUAUCUUGUUGCUAUUGUUGCUAGUAUUUGGAGUGUUUUGAUCAAAUCCAUUGUCUUGAUCAAUAGUGCGGGCAAUGUCAUCCCAAGUUAUUCUUACAUACCAUUGUCUGGAAUUCAGGAUAGACAAACUUCAGGGGCUUCCUGGUUGGGUUCUCGCAUUCUUCUAUUCUACUUGAGGCUAAGAACUCAAGAAAUACUUAAGAAAUGUUAUCCAACUAGAGUUGAAAGAGUAGAUGGUUCGCUCAUAAAUGAAAUACUAAGAGCUUCAUAUGAUCCUGGCGUGCUUGUGGUGUUGGAAAGCAUCUUUAGCUUUAAUCUCUCCUUACCUAUUAACUUUCUCCUUGAAGAUGUCAAAGAAAAGGUCCUAGUUAUACAGGGGAUGAAAGAUCCAAUUUCUGACUCCAAUUCCAAGGUGGCUAUGCUUAAAGAACAUUGUGAUGGAGUUAUGAUUAAGGAGUUAGAUGCUGGUCAUUGUCCGCACGAUGAGGUUCCAGAACGAGUGAAUACUAUCAUUAGUGAGUGGAUACUUGGUGUGGAAAGUAACAUUUUGGCAGAGUGUCCAGUGUAGUAAAAUUUAUUGGUAUCUAGCAACCGCCAACUGCACAUAGUAAACAUUCCAGCAUGGUAAAUUGUCCAAUGCAUAUUAAUACAGCAAUACUACUCGGCAAUUUAUGGGUAAUCGGAUCCUGCACAAAGUUAAUCCCACAGUCGAUAUAACUGUAAACAAGGCAUGGUACCUGUACAUGUUGCACUAUAAAUUUGUAGAUUUAGCCUUCCUGGAUUUUUGUUAUGUGAUCCUCCCAUUUAUUUAUUUAUUUUUGGUUCUGUGCCUUUCUGUCGUCUU